AUGUCAAUGUCAGAUAAGAAUCCACCCUGGAGAUUUUGCAACUACAUUGACUCUUUGGCGGAGAUGGUAGUUGAGAAGUAUAAAUACUUCAAGUGGUUCGAUGAUGAGCUGUCACCACACUACAAGAUUGCCUUCAACAAUCUCAAGUAUGAGUUGAAACUAAUGAAAGACAAUAGUUACGCUGCAAGAUUAGAGAGAAGGAUAGCUUUGCUGGAGAACCUGAAUAAUGAAGCCAUUGCUGCUAAAGAAAUUGUUGAUAGUGAGUUAGUUAAGGUUGUUGAAGAAAACAAACAAUUGAGGGGUGAGUUGAAGUUCGUGAGGAUGAAGUUUAGGAUUGCUAUGAUGUUUCUUGUGCUUCUUCUUGAUGUGUUGAUGAUGCAGAAAGAAAAGGUGGUGGUAUAGAUAUGCUUAGGGGUAAGGGAUUGGGGGUAGUUGAUGAUUUUCGGUGGUAUAGAUGCUCUCCCUUUUUGUAAGCUUCAGGUUAGGGAUAUGAAGAUCUUCUAUGGUUUUUGGUGGGUAGGAUAUAGGUUAGUAUAUGUGUGGAUGUAAAUACCUUGUAUGGUAAAUGCCCAUGUAAUUUAAGCUACUUUUGUAUGCCCCAUGUACUUUUGUAUCUAAUGGAAACAAGC